UUUUUACGCACGGGUGUGCGUUUGAGGCUCGAGAGGCGAAAGUGUAGUUUCUACUCAAUGUCAGUGGACAUUUUGAGCAGUUCGAGUAUCUUGACAGUGCGCACAAACUCCCGGUAGGGAACAAGGGCCGAGAAAAAAACACCAGCUAGCCAGUAAAGUUAGAAACGGUUCGUAUCGUACUAUAAAAGGCAGUUACAAUAAAAUAAGAAUCAACUGACACGAUUUUAUUAAGUGCCAACAUCGAAGUUGUUUGUGUAGCUUCCAAGCUAGCUAUCAAGCUACCUCGCAGCGUCAAAGCUAACCGCUAGAUGGUCGUGAGCUAGCAAGCAUCACCUAGCGGGUCUUGGCUUUUCCUCUUCGGCAACUGGUCCACACACACUGACAGUAUGGCUUUAAAACGCAUUCACAAGGAGCUGGUGGACUUUGGACGGGAUCCCCCUGCACAGUGUUCUGCUGGCCCAGUGGGAGACGACAUGUUUCACUGGCAAGCGACGAUCAUGGGGCCUAAUGACAGCCCUUACCAAGGAGGUGUGUUUUUCCUGACUAUUCAUUUCCCUACAGAUUACCCUUUCAAACCACCUAAGGUUGCCUUCACUACAAGAAUCUAUCACCCUAACAUCAACAGUAAUGGCAGCAUCUGCUUGGAUAUACUAAGGUCACAGUGGUCGCCAGCCCUAACUAUUUCUAAAGUACUGUUGUCCAUCUGUUCCCUCCUAUGUGAUCCCAACCCUGACGACCCCCUGGUGCCAGAGAUCGCACGCAUCUAUAAGACAGACCCGCCCAAGUACAAUAGACUAGCGAGGGAGUGGACAGACAAGUAUGCCAUGCUGUAGGGAUAUGAGAAAACAGCUAAGGAAUGGACUCAGAAGUAUGCCAUGUGAUGCCCUGGUCAGGGCCGCUUCACUCGCACUAGCUGGAAUAAACAUUCUAGUAUUUUGGGUUUUUUCUUUUUGUCCCAUUUUGGUCACAACCCCUCACAUCAGCAAGUCUUCUGUUUAUUGACCCUUUCUAAAUUGAUUCACAUGCUUUUAACCUCAUUUUCUUUCAAAGAUGGAGAGGGCUUUGAAAUACUCUCCACAGAGCAUGUACCAGUGUGAAAUAUUCUACUCCUAGGGGCCCACGUUCCACUAAGCAAGAUUAUCAAGCUGAAAAGCUAUAAAACUAGAUCAUUUAAAUACAAUUUAUGGGAGGGUCUCAUGCUCCUAAAAUACAUAAUUACAUAACUUUGAAUUUGGUGGUAACUUGUUGGUCCUACUUGGUGGAACAACCCCAUAUUAAACUGAGCUUAAAGGUGCCAAUGCCAAAACAUAAACAAUGUUCUCAAGUGACAGCUUCUUGGGAAGCUGAGGACUGUUGUUACUAUACACACUCUUUAACCAACUGACUUAAAUGAAGAAUUAUCUCAGCUAUAUCUGCAGGUAAAUUAGAUAGAAAAAAAUGUGCAUGGUGAUACAAAAUUUUUUUUGGUUUCUGUGCUGCUGAGUUAGAAUUGAAGGAUUGUUGAGAGCGCCAAUGUCCACUUUUUAAGUCUCUUUUUUUUUCUUUUUUUUGGGCGGGGUUGUUUUUAGAACAGAGCUGUUAGUUAAUCCAUCAUCCAUAGCUCGGUUCUCUCCCUUUUGCACUGAAUACAUUAUUCACAGCUACCAAUGGCUGAUCGAUCAACUAAUAGCUCUGUUAUUUAAUGGCUUAGUGGUUACUUUGUUUCAUUAUUUUUUUUUUCUCAAUAAAGUUGAACAAAUAUC